AUCAACUGGGAAAAAAUGCUCAUUUCGAAGGGAAUGAUUGUACUGUUUGCUAGUUUACAGUGGAUCGGGAAUAAUGGCAUCUAUGCAGACAGCAGCACAUUAUCUAUAAGCAGCUUAAGCAGCACCAACACAAGCCUACCUACAUCUACUGUAAGUCUUAAAUCACCAACAGGGAGCAAUGGUAGUACAACGAAAAGUACAGUGACGCAAAACAAUGCUCAAAGCAACAGUGUAACUUCCACAUCUUCCACCAUUUCAUCGUCUCCAGUGACACAUCAGCAGCAUUUUUCAACAAAAGAUAUAACUCACUCUUCUUCAAGUAUCAAUGGAACAUUGCUGCCUUCACAGAUGCCUACAACCAGCAGCAGGUUAUCAUCAGUUGAGGAAAGCUACACAACCCAUGCCAGUUCAACAGUAACAGCAGUAAAGAACUUCACUACGACCAACUCCAGUGUCAACUCUACUACCAUUUCACCUAGUAAAACAGAAAUGAAUGCUACAACAGUUCGUCCUGCUACCAGUAUACCAAAUACUACCUCAAGCACAUUACAGACCACUAAAUAUUACAAUGCCACAACAGAGUUUGGGACAAGUAAUCAAACAACUCCACAACACAAGCCGAUAGAUAGUUCUGCAGAAGCAAGAGAACCCCCAAAAGAAAAACACAGACACGGAGCAGUCAUAUUUGGUGCAAUCAUAGGAGCAGUACUAGGAUCAGCAUUAAUUGUUCUCAUUGUGUAUUUUAUGUGUGGACAGAAAAAAUCUGCAGCCUUUGGACAUCAGAGACUUUAUGAUGACACCAGGAAUGAUCCAGUUCUGCGACUAGACAAUAUCCCUGAACCUUAUGGCACAAGCUUUGGAGAGGACUCAUACUACAACCCUACGGCAGCUGAUGAGACGGCAGCACCGAACAGCAUCGCAACACCUUGUGAUUCCAUUCCAAUGAAUGACAUGACUUCAUCGCACCCUUCAUAAUAGUAUUAUACUGGUGUCAGUUUUGAAAACUCAUAUCCCUCCUCCGCUUCCUCCUCCUUCUUUGAAAGAUAUUUUUGGUGACACAAAUUCUGUUCCUGCUGAUAUGCAAGGUUUGGAACAAUGUGUGAAAAGCAUUGCUUAAUGGCCAUGUCCACAGAUUAACUAAUGAAUUCAUUACCAGAAGAGAUGACACCCACAAAUCCAGAAUGGCUCUCAAAAAGAACUUUUUUUUUUAAGUACA